GAGGGUAGGUGUGAAAAAGUUAACUGUUUUUUGAAAGAGCUCUUUAAUUUUAAAAUUAUAAACAGUAAUUUAAUACAGUUCUUUUAGUAGAAUUAGUGUGAAAUGUGAUUAAAAGUACCCACCGGACAGUUUUCCUAGUGAAACUCACUUUAACUUCACUUCACUAUUAUCCCUUUUGCAUUCACUACGUGUCACCAGUCAUGGAUUCACUCAAAGACUCGCUGAACGCGAUGGCCGAAAUGUUUCAACAAAAGAUGAGCGAAUUCCAGCAGGGCCUGGAUAGUGCACCAACAACGAGCACGAACGCAUCCCUGGCUGCAGAGUUCAGCAGUUUCCGAACCUUCGUGCUCUCUGCCAUGAAUACGUUGCAGAGACAGGUGGAGUUCCUUGGCACAGAGGUCGAUCGUCUGGAGACGCGUAGAAGGCGCAAAAUGCUACUAGUCCAUGGAGUUAGCGAGGAGAAGUCGGAAGAUGUUACUUCACGGGUUUGCAACGUUGUGGGGGAACAUCUUGGUGUGACUGGGUUAUCUGUUAGCUCCAUCAAGUCAUCUCAUCGUUUGGGACGUCCUUCUGACAAGAAACCUCGCCGUAUAGUGGUAAAGUUUGCAGAUGCAACAUUGCGGGAUAAGGUUUGGUUCUCUAAAACUGGAUUUAAAGGCAGCGGUAUAACUGUAUCAGAGUUUUUAACGAGGAGCCGUCACGACGUAUUUAUGGAGGCAAGGCAGAGAUUUGGUGUCAACAAGUGCUGGACAAGGGAUGGCUGCAUUCAUAUUAUAGCCCCGGAUGGUUCACGUCAUCGAGCUGAGUGUAAGGCUGACCUCCAUUGCAUACCACAGUCUUCUAAACCUCUGACUCAGGGCACUGCCAGUCUUUCCUCCAGGUCCAAAAGAACAAUCAAAAAUAAGUAACCUAUCAUUAAUCUAUAUACCUAUGUAUUACUUUUACACAAUAUUUGUGCUGCAAGCCUUUUAUAACAGCUUAUUUAUUUUGCUCUAAGUAUGUCACUAUCAUAAAGUCUAUGUUAUUGCUCUUAUGUGUAUAAUAAUUUUUAUGAACUGUAAUUUUUAAAAUAAUAGGUUGUAGGUAGGUAGAUUUAAUAGUUGUUGCUUGUGUUGUGUCAUGUGACAUGCAUGUGAUCAUGACUGACAGAUGUAAGUGUCAAUCAUUAACUAAUGACAGCUGUGACAUUUGACAUCCUAGCCACAGACAAAAUAACUACCCUGGAUGCAAGGCUUUUGGUCGAGCAUUUUUACCUACUUAUUGUAUAUUGUUAGAAGUGAUUUUCUCCUUGCAACUGGCGGGUGGGUUCGUCUAUCGUUUUAUUUACCUUACUGAUUGUAUAUAUAUUUAUUUUACUUUUUGCUUUAUCAUAUUUAUUUUUUAUUAUUAUUUAAUUAUAGUAUGGUAUCCUCAAAUUUAAGUAUAGACAGUGAUUUGUUUUUGUCGUUAUCCAGUGAUGUGACAGAUAGUAAUGCAAGUUACCAUAGUACAGCCACUUCUCUUCCACUCAAUGUAACAUUAAAUUCUCAUUUCUCCGAUUGCGUGAAAAACUUCAAUGCUAUUCACAUAAACGCACAAAGUGUUCCGGCACAUUACUCUGAUAUGCUUGCGUCUUUUGAGUCCCAAAAUAUUCAUGCCAUCCUAGUAUCUGAGUCCUGGCUUAAGCCCUGUCUGCCUUCUACUUCUUAUUCUUUGCC